GGCGGCGCGUGACGUAGGAGGAAGAAGCCGCCAUUAGGGGCAGCGGGGCCGCGGCCGCGGGGCAGGUUCGACUGUCGUGUCCCUCUUCCGCUUCCAUCUCCGCGGCCUCGCCGGUGCCUCYCCAUCCCCGCCAGCCCCCCUCCCGCUCCCCCGUGGGCCCUCGUCCCUGUGGGCGGCGGCGGCGCCGCGGUGCGGCCCGUUGAUGUGAGGCGCGGCUCGGCGGCGGGGUGCGGAUGGCGGCGGGGGCCGGCGCGGCGGCCGGGGGCCGCAGCUUCUCCUUCAAGGUGGUGCUGCUCGGGGAGGGCUGCGUGGGGAAAACCUCGCUGGUGCUGCGCUACUGCGAGAACAAGUUCAACGAUAAGCACAUCACCACCCUGCAGGCAUCUUUCCUUACAAAGAAGCUAAAUAUUGGUGGAAAAAGAGUAAACCUUGCAAUAUGGGAUACAGCUGGUCAAGAAAGAUUUCAUGCAUUGGGGCCUAUCUACUACAGGGACUCCAAUGGCGCUAUUCUAGUAUAUGAUAUAACAGAUGAAGACUCUUUUCAAAAGGUAAAAAACUGGGUUAAGGAAUUAAGAAAAAUGUUGGGAAAUGAAAUCUGUUUAUGUAUAGUAGGUAACAAAAUAGACUUGGAAAAAGAGAGACAUGUUUCAGUGCAAGAAGCAGAAACGUAUGCUGAAUCUGUUGGAGCAAAACAUUAUCAUACGUCAGCUAAACAGAACAAAGGAAUUGAAGAACUGUUUCUUGACCUUUGCAAAAGAAUGAUAGAAACUGCUCAAGUGGAUGAAAGAGCAAGAGGCAAUGGCUCCAGUCAGUCAGGAACAGCAAGGCGAGGUGUACAGAUCAUCGAUGAUGAGCCCCAAGUACAGAGCAGUGGAGGGUGCUGUUCUUCUGGAUAAUUAUAAAACUGUGCAUCACUGCCCUCUCAAUAUGAAGACUGCCAUAUUCCAAGUCACACAUUCUUUACCAAUGGAGUAAUAGAAUUAACAGUAUUUAAAAAUAAUCACAUGUAACACUGCAGAGACCUUAAGUGCUAAACUAGUGGUGUCUGUGACCAGAGAAUUGGCGUUUUCUACAGUGGUUAACAAAGCAAUUACCAAUGGCCUUUUUACAUAUUUUUCUUUAAUGAGGAAUAAUAUGCAUGUAGAAAAGACCUACUUAAAGGCUUCAUUUAUAUUCUUUUAAAUCAGAUCAUUAUUUAAUAACUUAUAUACAUUGUUGUUGGAAUGGUAUACGUUUUUGCAGCUCUUUGUAUUUUGUGGUAGACGGAACUGUAUCACUUCUAAAAUGCAAAUUGAUUUUUUUUUAAAUUAGCAGAUAUCUGAAGUAAUAUUUUUGCAGGGCCUCCACAAGCCUAUAACUCAACUACUUUGAUAUAUUCUGUUCAUCUGUAUGCCAAGCUGAUAAAAUACAUUGUAAAUUACAUAUUAAAUAUUUUAUCUGCUUUUACAGUGCAGGUGCAGAAAUAUGUACAUCAGUCUUGUCAGUGAUUGUGAAGUUAAUAAGUCAGUGAAAGAUGCAAGCUUUUCAUGUGUAUUGUUGAAUUGCUCAUUCUAUUCCCCUACCUGAAAACAGCUUUGUUUUGGGUACAUCCAUAGCUACAGCCAUCCUUUAAUCCAUUUCUGGCAAGCAGCAGUAUUUAGAGUAUMCCCUUACUGUAAGAGAAUGCUUAUGUAGACUGCUGUUUAACAUUGAGGUGUUUGACUCCCAGCUAAAACAGUUGGUGCAUGCACAUACCUUGCCUCUGCAGUUACUUUGUCCUCCCAGAAGAGAUCCCCAGAAAGUCAAAGCAAAUUUGGCCCUCAUCUGUCUGGUAGCCAGUAAACCAGAUGCAUGGGAAACUCUUUAGCUGCUUUAAUACAUUUGUUUCCAAAGAUAGCAUUAUAAACUAUUCAUGAGCAUAUUUUUUUUUCUCUGCAGGGUUUAAGUGAAAAAUUAAUUGGCAUUAACUAGAACUGCUUCUACUUUGGAGUGAUUAAAUUGAAGAUGUGAAACUUGCCAGAUGUAGCUGUAACUUUGGGGUUUCUAGGCAGAAUUGAACUUAUUUCCAACUUGCUCUUUCUCUUGUAAAGCAUUUUGAAAAAGCCCACUUAAGUUUGAGGAGGAGGGUUUUCAGAAAAAAAUGUGUAAACUACUAUCACAAAAGAACACAAAUGGUGGUAGCUGAAAGUUUAAAAUGUUUUGUGCUCUGACUUUUUUUACUUGUCAUGCUUGGAAAAACAGUAAAGGUGAUGUCUAUGACAAAGUAGAAUAUCCUUGGCCUUCCUUUUUCUGAAAGGUAGAUUUAGUAUUGCAUAUGAAAUGCACUGAAUGGUGUGGGUAUGUUCUGAUACACAAAAAGAGUAGUAGUAAUGAAUUAGUCUGUGUAAGAGAAGUGUGCUGUCUUCAAUCUGAUUUUUAUUUUCUCUGAAAUAAUAGAUGGCUUUGA